GCAUUGUUCGUAUUUUAUUUAAAUAAGAAGAAAUAAUGUUGAAAUCAUUUAUAAUAAUUUUAACAUAGAAAAACAGACAUUUGUGGAUAAAACAACGGUUGGAAUCCACGAUCUUUCCUUCAGUUGUGAUUGAGAAAAUUAUGAUACGAAUGUUGGUUUUGCUGUUAUUUAUGUGCCAUGUUUUCGAAUCCUCUCAGACGAACCAGCCUAUUACUACAUGUUCCUGUGCAGCGUAUGACAGUCCUGUUUGCGGAGAUGAUGGCAAAACAUACAGCAAUGAGUGCAAAGCUAAAUGCGCUGGAGCAAACGUUAACUGCAAUAAAAAGUGUCCCUGUGAUGAUGUGUGUCCCUGUCCAAAAUUAUACAGUCCUGUUUGUUGUUAUAAUGGCAAAACAUAUAACAAUGAGUGCGAAGCUAAAUGCGCUGGAGUAAAGGUUAAAUGCAAAAGUAAAUGUCCCUGUCCUGAUGAUGUAUGUAACUGUCCAAAAAUAUACAGUCCUGUUUGCGGAGGUGAUGGCAAAACAUAUAAUAGCAAGUGCGAAGCUAAAUGCGAUGGAGUAAAGAUUAAAUGCAAUAGUAAAUGUCCCUGUGAAGAUGUUUGUCCCUGUUCAAAAGAAUACAGUCCUGUUUGCGGAGUUGAUGGCAAAACGUAUAUUAAUAAGUGUAUAGCUAAAUGCGCUGGCGUGAAAUUUAGAUGCAAACAUAAAUGUCCGUGUAAAGGGUGUAUAUGUCCAGCUGUAUACGAUCCUGUUUGCGGAGAUUAUGGUCAAACGUAUGGCAAUGCGUGUGAAGCUGUAUGCGCUGGGGUGACACCAAAGUGCAAAGGUACAUGUCCCUGUAGUGUGUGUGCCUGUAAAAAAAUAUACCGUCCUGUUUGUGGAGAUGAUGGCAAAACAUAUAGUAAUAGAUGUACUGCAAAAUGCUCUGGAGUGGAAGUAAAGUGUAAUGAUAAAUGUCCCUGUAAAUUGUGUACCUGUAAAAAAAAAUACCGUCCUGUUUGCGGAAGAGAUGGCAAAACUUAUAGUAAUGGGUGUAAAGCUAAAUGUGCUCGAGUAAAAGUAAAGUGUUAUGGUAAAUGUCCUUGUGGUGGUUGUAAUUGCCGAUUUUGGAAUCGUCCAGUGUGUGGUGAUGAUGGUAAAACGUAUACCAAUGCAUGUUUCGCUAAAUGCUCGGGCAAAGCUGUAAAAUGUAAAGGACCUUGUCCAUGUUUUCAUGUUGGUUAAAGAUCUAUGUAGCGAUCAUUCUGUCCGUGGAAGAAUGUGUGCAUACGUUACAGUAUAUUCUGUUAUAUUUAGAAACGCUGCUCAGAUUUUAAUUUUAAACCAAUUAUCAAAUGUACAAAAUACAUGUUUUUUUUUCUUCAAAACGCAAAUAACUCCUAUCUUGUGAAACAGGAUAUGCCAACCCUCCCCAAGCACCUGAAAUCAUCACCAGUUUUUGAAAGGGUUCGUGUUGCUCAGUCUUAAGUUUUCUUUGAUGUUUUUAUAUGCUAUUUGUCUUGAUUGUUUUUCAUUUUUUGCCAUUGCAUUGUCAGUUUGUUUUCGACUUAUGAGUUAUGUCCUUUUAUUUGCUUAGUGACUUUUCGUAUAUAAUUUUUUUCGGAGUUCGGUAUUUUUGUUAUUUUACUUUUUAGUUUCUUUCGCCUCUCUUAUAUUGAAAUAGUUCUACAUUGUCCAGGAUUUUGGUGUAGUCUUUUCCUUAUAAGAAUGAACAAAUGUAUUUUCAACAAUUGGAGGUAAUAAAGUUGCUUUUGUUUACAAAAAAGUGAACACGUGUACUCUUUCAUUUUUUUAUGACCUAUCAGUUAAAGGAGAUCGAAGAUACCAAUUGCACGAUAUAACCGCAAAAAUCAAUGGACAACAAACUAUACCACGUGCAAACCAAAAACGACGAAAGGACCAACAAAUCACAAUUUGCAAAACACUAAACAUUCUAUUAUGCAACACGAAUACCAUCGAACAUGAAAAGAGCUCAUGCACUCCGUAUAGAAAUUCUGUUCCUGGUUUGGUAGAUGCGCCCAUGGUGUUGCUCAUGGUGAAUGAGGCUAAAGGGAACCGCUUCAGUAAUUGAAAUAGUAUG